AUGUCGAAAAACUCGACCUUGCAUUCGAUUCUUUACCACACGACUCGCCUUUGCCAAUACUUGUCCGCCAUAUCAGUUGCCGGGAUCAUUUCGUACUUCAUAUACAUUCUUAAAAGGAACUCGUACCCAUCGCCCUGGGCCUUUAUCUUUCUGCUAUCAGUAGCGUCCACUGAGAUCGUAUGGCUCAUAUUGACAACUUUCCGAGCGGUGUCUCGCAUGCUUGGAAGUAUAGUGAGCACGAUAAUUGACUUGUUGAUUGCGCUGGCCUGGCUUAGUUCGACAGUUCUGGUUGGAAUACGGAUACAAUAUGCCGUCAACACCAAAUGCACAGUGGAAUUCUGGAUGAAUACCUACGGGGUGUUCAUCUGCAGGCUGUACAAAGGUCUUUUCGCAAGUACCAUUAUUGCAGUCUUUAGCGCGUUCGUGGCCAUCCUCGUCGAUGUCAAGUAUCGCAAGAAUCGGAAGUCGCGAGACGAUAUAGGAUAUCGCAAAGCAAAGACAGUCGAUGACACCUGGGUCCCAGGAAUGCGUGGAGUCUCCGACGCCGGCACUCUGCUAUACGAUGGGUCCUACAAAAGCCCCGCUGCUGAUGUGAUACCGUCAAGCCGCAGGACUUCGCAGGACAAUUUAGUGACCCGGCCUGAGACCUCGUUGGAAUCGAGAAACUGA